AAGCGCCUUGAAGCGGUGAAUCAUCAACAACAGUUACAAUCCCUAACAGUUCCCAGUUUCAAACCGCUUCGCCGGGUUUCGUGUUGAUAGUCCCUAUCUCGGUUUGACGGUGUCCGGAAUGACGAGAGCUUUGUAGAGUUUAGAGAGUUCUCCAAAUUUGGAUUAAACCAAGUAUUUCGAGAUUUGAGGGAGGUUGAUGAGUUGCGAUGAAUGAGGGCGAGUUGCAUCCAUCGAGCAAAGGGGGUUGAGCUGCGUGACUGGUGAAACAUCGAUGGGAAUCGAUCGGGAAUGAGACCGGCGAGCUUAUAAAUAGACUGCGAGUGACUUUCCAUCUCAUCCUCAGGAGGAACCUGGAAUGGACUGGAAGGCAGCUCAUGCCCAGCGAAUCCAGUUCCACUGUUGAUUCAUGACGAGAAGGAGGCGACCAUGGGCGUAGCAGUGCUCGUAUAUAAAAACUUUCGGGGUAUGAUAACGAGUGGAGUAUGUCAGGUGGCGCGUUUUGCUUUGCACGAUGCCCGGCAAGCUGGGGUAGCAUAUUAUGACAAGAAGACAUUCCACAUAUGUACCAGCGUUUUGGGAAGAUGCGAAAGCUUGUCAGAGUAAAACCAUGAACCAAUUGGUAGUAUACGAGCAGGGCAUUCUUCCCCGCAGCGAUGCAGCGUGCAGCUCUCAAUUUCGAGCGACUACAUUUAUUCCCGAAGAUUUCAGUAGUGUUGGACGGUUUCUACGAUGUCAAAUUCGACGGUGGAGGUUUAUGCCGACGGUCCAGUGAAGGCUCCAGCGCGUGCCCCAGCUCUAGUUCCAGCUCCAGUCCCUGUCCAAACUCCAGGUCAUUUUGGGCCUCCUGCACCCCUUCCAGUAGGGAAUUUACCUCCCCAAUCGGCAAUCGGUAUCUCAUGGGUUGGCAUAGUAGGCAUUCUCGCAGCUUUUCUCGUGCUCGCAGUGAUUGCUCUCAUCUUUUUCUGGUACAAAAAGAAUGCGUACAAGAAGGCUUUGCAGGAUCAAAGAAAUUUCUACGUUGCAAAUGCCGUUAGUCAAAUUCGUGAAGAAUGGUCUGACGAUGACGUGAAUCGUAGCAAGAGGGGACAAACGACCUUGGCAGAUUUUGAGCAUGCGCUUGUAGCGCAGACGAGGUCUAAACGAUUCAAUUGGGGGAACAAUGCGGCAUUCGGUGACAGUCCGUCUGGGGAGAGGAUUGUGGAGCAGGACAUUCCUAUCUGUACCAGAGCCAAGCCAUCGUCGAGAGGUUCGAAGGACUGGGUUUUGUCCGGAAGUUUCAGCGAUAAGCACAUGACCGGGAGUUUCGGUUCGAGCCAGUGCGAUGAUCUGGUGGGCGAAGUAUUCUACACGGGCGUAGAAGGCUCGGAACAAAUGGGAGUGCGGUACAGCAGAGCAGAAUUGGGCGACAUAGAGAUUUUAACCAAAAUACCGCCAAACCCGAAGACUCCGAAGACGCCGAAGAAAUGGAAGUCUGAGAGUGAGUCGGCAAGUUUGCUGGGAACCUUGAGCAGAUCACACACCAUAGCUUCGUCGCCAGCGAGAGAGGAGCACAACAAACCCGGUGGAUGGUCAGUUCGAUCCUUUUCACUGCCUACUUACCACCACACAUCAUCAUCACCACCAGGAUCGCUCGUGACAAGCUCGGGGAUUAAAGCGGACAACAGACUGGAAGCACUGAAAUCACUCAGCCCUCUGACGCCGCAUCCGAGUUCCUUGCCAGCUUCCCCAACUGCUCACAAUUAUUUUCCUCCCCCGUUCGGCAACAAUCUCACUCCCGCUUCGUGGGAUCAUGUACCAUCUCGGCUGUCUGUGCAAACUAAUGCAGCUGGGCACACCAACGGAGCUUUGCACGCCAAUGCAGCUUUGCACAACCCUACUUUUGUUGCGCCCCCUUCCACUCCUCCUCCACCUGUACCGCUUCCCAUGGCGCUUGAGGAGGGGGAGGGGCGAGACUCGCCCAGGGAGAAGACAUUGAAGGAGCUUCGUCGGGAUAUGAAGCAAGCGGAGUCGAAGUGGACAAUUGCCCACUACUGUCCCUCUCCUCCCCCGCCUCCUCUACCUGUCCCGUUUCAGCCCCUUCCCUCUCCACCCUACCCUCUCCGCGCUCCGUCCCGUUUAGGCUCCCAGCUUGAUGUCGAGAGCCCUUCAUUUCGUGCCUUGUGUAAAUCUGCACUGACCAUUGCUGCUUCGCCAUCCCCUUCCUCUCCUUCCGCACGUCGACCAGCCACUCUGUCUAAUGUAGCUACGUCGCCUCCUCCCAGAUCACCGCUCGGGAAAGGUAGCGAAGAUAAUACUUCUCCACCUUCACCUCCUCCUCCACCUUCACCCCCUCCCCCUCCUCCAGCCCCUCCUCCGCCGCCAUUCUCAACUAAUCUCCCUUCGAAAAAGCCUGCACCGCCGCCUUCACCUCCACCUCCACCUCCGCCGUCUCUGUCGAGUAGGAAGUUCACCCCACCUCCAUCCCCUCCACCAUCAGCAGAUGAAGGACGAAAGCUCACUCCGCCACCAUCUCAACCACCCGCAACUCUCCCAUGCAAAGAGCUCACUCCGCCUCCCUCCCCUCCACCCCCUCCUAUGCUUAGUAGCAGUGAAUCACGCAGUCGGUCGAUUCCGAAGCUGGCUCCAUUGAUAUUACCUGCAAGACCUGAUCUGGGAGAGAACAAAGAGAUCUUCAGAGCCGAGCAACGCUCCAUCAAAUCGAAUCAGAAGAUGCGACCUCUCCACUGGGACAAGCUCAAGCCUGAGUCACGCACUCGGAUGGUGUGGGACAACAUGAGCAACUCCAUGGAACUGGACGAAGAAAUGAUCGAGAAUUUAUUCGGUGUGGCUCCAAGCACCUCUGCAGGCAGCAUCACGAGGCAGUCCUCUAAACUUUCUGUAUCCGCGAAGAGUGAGAUUCUCGAUCCAAGGAAAGCUCACAACAUUGCCAUCCAGCUACGCGCUCGGGGCUUAUCAAAGAUGGAAGUCUGUGAUGCGCUGGUAGAGGGCGAGGGCCUGGACCAGGAGAUUCUAGAGAUUCUCGUGAAGAUGACUCCCACGGACGAAGAGAUCACCAAGUUCAAGCAAUUUCAGGGAGAUACAACGAUACUGGGUCCAGCAGAUCGCUUCAUCCUGGGUCUUCUUCAGAUCCCAAAUGCGUUUGAGCGUCUUCAAGCCAUGCUUUAUAGGGCAUCGUUCGAGGAAGAGCUUCGCCAUAUUCAGGAUACAAUCACUACACUCCAGAUGGCCUGCAAGGAGCUGAAGAGCAGCCGCACAUUUACAAAGCUGCUGGAAGCAGUGUUGAAAACUGGCAACCGGCUCAACAUGGGGACGUUCCGAGGAGAUGCGAAAGCUUUCAAGCUGGACACGCUGCUAAAACUUGCCGACGUGAAAGGAGUUGAUGGGAAGACGACACUCUUGCACUUCGUGAUCACUGAGAUCAUCAAGGCGGAAGGAGCACGAGCUGCGAGGCUCGCCGGGUUUGACGACGGCUCGACACCAACAAGCCAGAUGAGCUCGGCGUGCACCACUCCCUGCGCCACAACUCCUUCUUCACCCCUUUCUCAUUUUGCCAGAAGCAUGGAAGCUGAGUUGGAGCGGUGCCAGGGUGAGUUUAGCAAUAGUGACGGUAGGGACGAUUUCAAAAGGAUAGGAAUGGACGUAGUGAGAGGGAUUCCGAACGAGUUAGUGCACGUCAGGAAGGCUGGUAGUCUAGAACUCGUAGCUUUGAAGCUUGCGGUGAGCAGGCUCCAGAUAGGAUUGCAGAACACAAAGACGACGCUGGAGGAGCUGCGAGUGUUUACCAGCGACGCAGUUGAAACCGCUGGUUAUGACCUCGGUGACGAUGUUUUUAAGGAGAAGAUGAUGGACUUUGUGGUGGAUGCCGAGGCAGAGGUGAGGAUGGUCCAAAGGGACCUAGAAGCAGUGUUAGCGAGUGUAAAGGAUAUUAGUAUAUAUUUUUACGGAGAGGCAGACACGGCGAAGAGCAAACAGCCUUUGAAAGUGUUUAUGGUCAUGCGAGAGUUCCUUGCCAUGUUGGAGCAAGCUUGUAAAGACGUGAUGAAGACGAAUGCUUCACUGACCGUGUCGCCAUCCAGGCGCCCCAGUCUCUCCCUGCCGAAUAAAACGAAUUGAAGUGAAGCAGCUUCAAAUCUCCGACACGGCUUGUACUGUAGAUACGUUACUGGGGCCUAAUUUGGCAACCUUCUUGUACCAUCUGCAAAUGCUAAUUCAUUCUUCCUAUGUUUCUGACGGGUGCAGCUGCUUCGAAGCAUAAAUCUUUACCA